GCAUCAAGAGAUGGACGUGCUGGCGGCCUCACUGACGGCGGGUCUUGAGAUCCCCGCAAAGGACGGCGAUGUCGCAACAGAGGCAAGUGCAUUGCUUAAGUUUCGAUUGGACGAGUUCUUUGCAGUGCAUGGCGAUUUGGGCGGCCGAGAUGGCUACUGUAGCAGGUGGCCACACUGGCUCCGCAGCAGGCAGGGAGAAGCGGGAGAAGCGAGUGAGGAGGAGAUGCAGGAAAUGCAGGCACUCGUUGCCACCGAGCCUUCGCGUCCUGCAGAGGAGGAUACCCCUCGGAGCGGAGCUUCAGGUCAUACGUCUGCCGGGACUUCGGAAUUGGACCUGGCCACGGAGCUGGUGCAUGCCGCCUGCCAAGCUCACGACACGCCGCAAGAAGCCAUGUCUGUGGUGGUGUCCCAGGCCACCGUGUCUGUCGAUACAGAGACGAUGCUUCGCUCCUUGGAGGCGACCAUCCCGGCCGAGCCCCUUCCGAAAUCGAAGGAGGAGCUGCUGGAAGAGGUGGACGUCUUGGCCGCUUCGCUGACAGACGGACUCGAGCCGGGCUUCAGUCGACCGUCGGGUCCACCUUCCGAGGCUUCCCCCGGUGACUUGUCGGAGCUGUAUCGAGAGACCUACGACUGUUCGUUGCAGGUGACCAUCAUGCUGGAACACAUCCCCAAAACGAAGGACGAGUUGCUUCAGGAGAUGGAUGUGCUGGCGGCUUCGCUGACGGCCGGUUUAGACGCAUCGCCCGGUGAAGACCGGGCAGAGGGCGAUCCCGAAGCGGAGGCAUCCAUGCUCUCGCAGGAGUUGCGGCACUACUUUAUCACAGCGUUGUGCCCUGUUGCCGGCAAGCACUUCGAGUCCACCUUCGGAG